CCUCCGUGUGUAAACAGCGCAGAAGAAGAGUCGUUUUGUUGCGGUAGCUUCAGUUCGGUGGUUCCGGGCGUGUUCGCCGCUCAUUAAAGUGUCUGGACCUGAACGUGUUGAUGAAACGGAUCAGAGAUGCAUUACUACAGAUACGAAAACACUGAGGUGAGCUGCUGCUACAAGUAUCUGAUGUUCAGCUACAACAUCAUCUUCUGGUUGGCUGGAGCUGCCUUCAUCGCUGUUGGUUUCUGGGCCUGGAGUGAAAAGGGAGUUCUGUUGGACCUGACCCAGGUGACCCGGCUGCAUGGUUUCGAUCCAGUCUGGUUGGUUCUGGCGGUGGGCGGAAUCACCUUCAUCCUGGGCUUCGCUGGCUGUGUGGGCGCUCUGAGAGAAAACAUCUGUCUGCUCAAGUUUUUCUCCGGUGUCAUCGGCUUCAUCUUCUUCCUGGAGCUGACCGCUGCGGUGCUAGCCGUGGUUUUUCAGAGUGAGGUCAGAGUAUGGAUCAACGACUUCUUCCUGACCAAUGUGAAAGCGUACAGAGAUGACAUCGACCUGCAGAACCUCAUCGACUCCCUGCAGAGGACGAACCACUGCUGUGGAGCUCAGGACCCAAAGGACUGGGAUCUGAACGUCUACUUCAACUGUAACGGCACCAAUCGCAGCAGAGAGAGGUGUGGAGUUCCAUUCUCCUGCUGCAUCACUGACCCUGCUGACUCGGUGGUAAACAGUCAGUGUGGCUACGACGUGAGGAGCAAACACGAGGGCGAAUGGAGUAACUUCAUCUACAUGAAAGGCUGCAUCACUGCGCUGGAGGACUGGUUACCACGUAACCUGUACACAGUCGCCAUCGUCUUCAUCGUCAUCUCUCUGCUGCAGAUGGUGGGGAUAUACCUGGCCAGGACUCUGAUCUCUGACAUUGAAAAAUCCAAAUUCAACUACUGAAGUCUUUAUCGACGUGGAUGGAGGUUCGACGUUGGAGGGCGUGGCUUAACCCCCAAUGCCUUCUCUUUCUCCUGCUUGUCUGUACUUAAGUUGUUGCCAUGGAGACUGAAAAGAUGGCAUGUUUGUUUGUUUACAUUUGGUCGAUGUUUUUAUUUUUUUUUUCACUUUUUAACACUUUUCUGCUCUUCACACUUUUUUAUUGAUCUACUGUGAUCUGCGACCUGAUUGGCUGAUCACCGAUCAGUGCCUUCAAAAGAGGAAGCAGUAUUUGUAGACUGAAAAGAGGCGGAGUCAGUGAUGUAAUCCCGGUGAAGUGCACUUCCGAACACUGAAAAAAAAAGCACAUGGUUAAUGACCGACCAUGCUUUUUUUUAAAAAUAUCCGCUUAUUAAAACACAGACUGUCCCUUUAAGAACCUUCACGUCAUGUGAUCACAUUUGGUCAAAGAUUAACUUUAUUAACACUGAUUUACAUGGACAUUUAUUUUGAAUAAAGGCGGUCUGAUAUAAGGUCUGAGCUGAAUUUAAAAAAUGUGAGUGCUGAAAUGAAAGCAUGAAUGGAUGAGCGAGUGAAUGGGACAAUGACAGUGAGAGAACGAGACACGUGUGAGUGAAUGAGUCAGAAUUAAAGACUGAGUCAAUGAGUGAAUGA